AUUCCCAGGAGAGCCGCUCUCUGAGGAGGAAGCAGCUCCCUGGCUCUGUCUGCGCCUGACGCUGACAGCGAUAGCAGCCGACAGCGACAGACAGCGACAGCGACAAGGACAAAGCCAACUCCAACUCCCGGUCCCACAGCUCCUUGCCCAGCUGGCUGGAAGCCACCAGCGAGCCGUGGUCAGGGGCAGUGGGCAGCUCAGUCCUGUCGCUGUCACAGAGUGAGGAGGAGGAGAGGAUCUUUGCCAAAAUGGACCGAGAGAUUUCCUGGAGGGAAGAUGUGGAAGAGACCCACCAGAGAGAAGUUCCAGGAGCCCAAGAAAUGUCCGGGCAGGGAACGAGGAGCAGCCAAGAGCUGUACCAAGGCCAGAGUCCCACGGAGGCCGAGCCGGCAGCUGCUGCCCCGGCUGGAGCUGCUGAGGAGGAGGAGGAGCCAGGGUGGGCAGUGUUGGCGCUGGCAGGGCCAGUGCAGUCACAGCACUGGAGCCUGGAGGCCUUGGCUCCGGACAGUGACUGGGAUUCUGAUAGUGAGGAGGAGAGCCCGGUGCCUGCCCCACACAGCACCCCCAGCCCCUCAUCUGCCCCGCUGGGAGCCCAGGCCCCCUGGGAGGAGCCGGAGUGGGCAGUGUUGGCGCUGGCAGGGCCAGUGCUGUCACAGCACUGGAGCCUGGAGGCCUUGGCUCCGGACAGCGACUGGUCAUCCGACAGUGAGGAAGAGGAAGGAGAAGUGGAGCCAGAGCUGUCCCAGGGGACAGUCUCGCUCAUCCAAGAGCUGUCCCAGGAGGAGGACGAUGUGAGCUCCAGCUCUGGGGAGAAGCCUGUGGGCCCAGUGAAGGAGGGGGACACCCAGCCUUCUCCCCCAGAGGGGCCCAGCUCUGCCAGCCCCGUGGGCACAGAGGUGGCAGCAGAGGCAGCCCCUGCCCUGCCCAGCGCCUCUCCUCUCCCCGGCAGUCCCACGGAGGCCGAGCCGGCAGCUGCUGCCCCGUCCGGAGCUGCUGAGGAGGCAGCAGCGGGGUCAGGGCUGGCAGUGCAGGAGAGGACAGAUGACGACGACGAUGAUGAAAUGAAAUUCUGGCAAUACUUGGAUGACCUGGCGCCUUUCCUGGUUGGAGACCCAGAGCUGUCUCAGGAAGCCUCCUACUAUGAACAAUACAGAGAGGAAGAUCUGCCCCAUGGUGUAGUCAUGAGUUAUCACCAACUCUUUGACUGGGAAAAAUAUUUGGAGCAAGACCUGUCCCAGGGAGAAGUCAGCAGCUCCCAAGGCCCCUCGGACUGGGAAGAAUACCCUGAGCAAGUGCUGUGCGGAGGAGAUGUCAUCAGCUGCGAAGAGCUUUCGGACUGGGAAGAACACCUUGGCCAGAAGGUGUCCAGAGGGAAUGGCAGCAGACCCUCAGGACUCUCCAGCUGGGGCGACGACAGCGACACGGGGCUCGUGCAGGAGAACUGGCCCGAGCAUGUCAUCUUGGCCAAGCCCCUGUGCCCCGAGGACGAUGAGUGGGACGAUGUGAGCCUCCUGGAGCUGCCCCCAGAAGACAAGAAAGACCAGAAAAGGAAAGUUUUAGUGGCAGAGGGGCUCCCAGUGCCCGUCCCUCGGGAGGCCUGGGCUGAGUGCCCGGCACAGGAGCCGUGCAGCCAAGGGCCGGCGCCUGCCCCGCACAGCCCCCCCAGCCCCUGGCCUGCCCGGCUGGGAGCCCAGGCCCUCCGCGGGCAGCCGGCUGCCCCCAGGAAACGUCCCUCCCGCUUCAGGCGGGCGCUGCGGGCGCUGCGGGGGCUGUUCCGCUGUCCCUGCCUCAGGCCACGGACGGAGGAGUAAAACGGGCACGGAAAAGGGUGAAGAGCAUGAAGAGAAGGAAGGUGAAGAACAGGAAGAUGAAGAUGAACGCUCCUGCCAGUCCCGCUCCUCUGUGUCGGAGCAGCAGCUCUUCGGCUCGGCUCGAGGGGCUCAGAGAUUGCUGCUGCAGCUCCUCCAAGCCAGGGAAGAGAAAAGCCUUUGGAUGGGCCAGACAAGCCAAGCAAGCCAAGCAAAACCCAGCCAGGCAGAGCCAUGAAGACCUGGGCAGUGAGGCUUGGAAAAUGCCCACCCAAAGAGCCCAAAGCUCCCCCAUCCCUGCCCCGCACACACCCGGCCCCGGGCUGGAAGGUGCAGCAGCCAUUUCUUGGGCACAAAGCAGAGGCUCCUGGAACAGACUCUCAGCACAAACCCCUCCGGGACAACGGCACUGAAGACAAAGACAAGGAUGAAGACAAUGACCCUGAAAAAAAAUGAAGAAGAUGAAGACGACCUAUCAGAUGAAGAAGACGAAGACCGUGAAGAAGAUGAAGACAAAUAGGAUGGAGAAGAUAGCAAAGAGGAAGAAGACAAAGAUGAAGACUAAAAAGACAAGACAGAGAACGUUUAUUGAAGAAUAGAUAGAAGAAGUAUAGGAAUAAGAAUUUAGAGAUACUUAGAAGAAGAGUACUACGAAUAGGAAUAAGAAUUUCAAAAUAUGUAGAAGAAGAAUAGGAAUAGGAAUAAGGAUUUUAAAAUAUGUAGAAGAAG